AUUACUAUUAUUUAUUAUAUUUAUUAUAAAUUUAUUAUUAUUAUUACUAAAGAAUAUCUAGGCAACCAAAGAUUUCAUGAACCCACUACAGUAUCUCUGUGCAUCUAAAGGGUUACUGAGCUCAUGUUGAACACCCUAGAAGACUCUAUCUUAGGAGCAUAUUACACUACAAUAUUCAUGCAAAAUGUGGCUAAAAUAUGAAUCAUAUUUUGCUCCUCUACUUAAAACCUCCCUGCAUUUUCUAAAUAACAGUCAUCUGAUGGACCGUUCUAUGGUUUCUCUUCUCUUCCACCUUACCCCUGCCUGCAGCUCCUCCCUCUGGUCCCUAACAGGUACAUACACAGUGUGACAGGGUGACAGAUGUGGAAGAGACAAGUGAUGCAGUGUGAAAACUGUCUCAUGUGAAACAUGGCAGGUGAAGGACAGAGGCUGCUCGAGUAUUCAGGAAGAUGGGAACACAUUUGUCAUGUCUGCUGCUGCUGCAGGGAUAAGGAGGCCAAUGCAGAACUCUUUCCAGGAGCAGUGAAUUGUUAAUGGAUCAUCAGGAGUCUGUUUACGCUCCUUUUGAGAAAUUGCAGUAUUUUAUCUCUGGAUACUCGUGCCUCGAACUUAACUAUACGCGCCCCGAGGAUCCUGCAUAGAAUUCCACAGCUCUCUGACAACAAAAACCACGCCACGGUAACAGCCGCACGUCGCCGCCUGCCGCCCUCAUCAGCCUUCAUUGGCUUCUUCCGCAUGACUGGCGUAUUUCCCCGUGGUUUCUAUUGGUUCGUUGCUAAUGGAGCCGUGAGUGAGUCCCAGUAAAACCAAGUCGAGGCGGAGCUCGGCGGCCGAGGCGGAGCUCUCCGUGGUACUUAAAAGGAGGUGGCGUUGAAAGAGGAGAAGUUCCAGUACGCACGACAGCCGGGCCAGCCGGUUCACGGCGCACAGCGUGACAAACAAGCCAGAAAGAAGAUAUCGGGAAGAAAAGCAGGAUUGCAGAGGGAUCUGUGAGCCCUCUGUACUAAUGGAAAAUAAGGAUAUAUAACCACUCGCCCGGGGAGCACAGACACCGCAGUCCAUGACUCUGCCUUGCCAGGUCAUUGAUGGGAAAUCAACUGGAUCGGAUCACCCACCUCAACUACAGCGAGCUGCCCACGGGGGAUCCGUCCGGGCUAGAGAAGGACGAGCUUCGGGUCGGCGUCGCCUACUUCUUCUCUGACGAAGAGGAGGAGGUGGACGACCGCACUCCAUCUGACUGCGGCUUCACCAAAGACCACAGCCCGGUGGAAGAGGGACCCUUCUCGGUCACUGAGGUUGAGUACUCUGCGUUCUGCUCCCAGGAAUGCAUCUUCUCCAAGCUGCGGGAAAACGAGGACCUCAAUGUUUACUCGGCCAAAACUUUGCUGACUAUGUGCAAACCGGGGGACCUGCUGGAGCUGGUGGCCACAGCGCAAGCCCCUCACUGGGCCAUCUACGAGCAGGACGACCGGGUCAUUCAUCUGCACAAGGGUGAGAUCCGUAAAGACAGCCUGCUGGAGAUCAGCAGCGGUCGCCAUGGGAGAAUAGUGAACAAUCGGUACCGGUACCGAUCGCUUCCUCCAGACCUGGUGAUGCAGAACGCAGUGGGACAUCUGGGCCUGACCAGCGAGGAGAUUUGCUGGACCAACUCGGAAAGUUUCGCAGCGUGGUGUCGGUUUGGGAAAAGGGAGUUCAAAGCUGGGGGAGAGGCACACUCAGCGGAGCAGCAGUAUUUUCUCAAAGUGCACCUGUCCGGCAGCGGCGUGCACACUCUGGUGUUUCGUAGCCUGGAGGACAUGAUCCGGGAGAGGAGGCGAGUGGACGCCAGUGGAAUUCUUAAAGAGCUGUCUUUGGUUAACGCGGGGAAGGAGUGAUCAGGGAUUCCGUUUGAUAUCACCCCCUCCACCGUCACCCACUCCCUCCCUCUCUCCAUUCCACCCCCAGCCUCCGCGUUCCAACAGAGCGCAAGGACGCACGGUUGUGCGCACACACCAACGAACUCCGGCACACAAGCACACAGACGCGCGCACAUGCAAGGAAGGACCUGUUGGUUUCUUGGACUGUCUGUCUGUCGUGAUGGACACGGUGCUGCGCCUGGACCACUGAGGCGCUCUGUGGAUUUUUUUUUUUCAUCCAAAUGCAGAGUGCUUAAAACUGAAAUGCGGCCACAUAAACAGACAACGCCCCUUCAGAUGAGAAUCUGUGGGACACACGAUUUUUACUUAAACCAUUGCCCCAAACAGAGAAAUCACCUUUAACACACGCGCACUGGGCGCAAGGCUCAGUUUGGUUUUCUGUUUAAUUUCUCGGGAUAAUGGAAACGGCCCCUUUUCUGCAAAGGGCGCCUGCUGCGGCAGACCAGACGGUGAGAUGGGGGGUGGGGUGAUAGAUAGGAUCUGGGGUGGCUACGAAAAAAAAAAAGUCUCCCUUCUAUUUUUUUAUUGUUAGCUUUAAGACCGGGACUGAUCUUGUAACGCAGAUCCAAGCCACUGGCACACAGACCUCUGACAGUCCCUGGCUGCACAGUUGCCUACAGAAAGCAUUUGGCUUGUUCAAGCUGCCCUUUGGCCAUAUCAAGAGUAUUGUCAUUUUCACAAUGCUGUCAUAUUGAUCCACAACACUGGAUGUAUGUGUAUAUUGUAUUCAUAUUAAUUUCAAUUUAAGUCUCUUAUUUUUGUAUUUAAGUUCAGUGGAUUAAACUCUGAUCUCUUUUUUGUUCAAAUAAAGAGAGGUUGAAAUAUGGAGAGAAUGUCUUGGAUUGCUGCUGGAGGUGUUGUCCUGGUGGUUGUACAUGUACAAUAACACAUUGACGCUUCUCACUCACACAAAAACAAAUAUACAAAAAAAAAAAAAAAACCUCUCUAGUGUUGGUGGAUGCAUGAAUUAUUGAUGUUGUGGUGCCUCCUGUCCUGCCUGGAGCUAAAUAGGCUUCAUACAUCACUGCAAGAUUUGGAGGCAAUAAAAUGGUCAUCUGCAUCAAACUCGUAAGACUUUAUGAAAAAAUCCAUAUGUGAUAUCAGAGCUACAGUAUAAGGGCAGCUGUUUGGAGUCAAUGGAAGCAUGCAGCAUUUUGGCCUCAGGCUAUUUUUUCCAGUGUGGUAUUUUUUCUGCUGAUAUUUACACACCAACAUACAUGCUGGUAUCUUCUGAUGUAUAUCUGCUGUUUUUACAACAGCACAACCUGAGAUGCGUUCCCGACUUGGUUCAUAUUUGAAGCUUGUAUUGUGGACAGUCUCCCACAUACGAGUGUUAUCAUUGUUAUUGUAUGGCACGUGUUGUAUGGAUCUACAGUGUCUUAUCUGCAGCCUGAUGUCUGUGCUCCUGGGCUGCUCCAGGUUUUUAAUUUCUCCAGGCUGCAAUCUGCUCCAGUAUCUGUGAAGAAGGGAGAUCAAUCAUUUCUCUAGUUCUGGGGAGAUGUCCAUCUCUCCUUGAUUGUCUCCUCACCACAGUGCAAUCUUACAGGACCAGAGAUAGUAGCAAAGAGAUUUAUGAAUAUGUUUUGUAGUCAUGCGUGUCGUUCUUUGUGUGUUAGGAGUGAAGCUGCCAGUCGGUGCACCUCUGCUUCAUUCUGAUUCUAUCCUUAUAAAUAUAAGUCAGUGGCUUGAAUCAGUAAUGACUGAUGUCAGGUCUGGACCUGACCUCCAGGUGAAGGAUACUUCAUGUUCAUCAUAAGAAGUGAUCUACUGUGCAGUUGAAGGAUAGGUUGGUGUUUGCCUCUGCUAGGACUAUUUUUGCUUGGUACUUGCUUCUGAUGUUCAACCAAAAGUGCCCAAUGAUCAAUGCAAAUGUACCUCGAGAAGAUUUUCUGCAGCUUUUCACAUGAAUAUGGGAUUUCAUUGGCUUUUGCUGUUAAUAUUUCAACAGACUUCUCACAUGAAAGGCAGCAACUCUGCCUCAAAAUUCUCUUAGGCCAAAGUUGGACAGCAUUUCUUUAAUAUUGCUCUUUAUGUUUUACUUUUCUAAUCAAAGCAUUAGAGUCAGCGCUGCAAUUUCUGGCAAAAAAAAAAAAAAGAAAGAAAGAAAGAACGUCUUAACAUUGAAUCUAUCUCAACUCAUUUAAAACGUUAAUAAGAAUUAGAUACUGUAUUCCCACUGCGGUAUAAAACGAUGUGCCUGAUUGUGAAAUCACUCUUCAGAUCUAAGAUUAGCCAUCAGUGAAUUAAUAACCACAACAUUUGCAGUUUUUGUGGACGAGUGCCUACCAACUGUAGUUCUAUUCUUUGUUUCCAAGACUGUCUCUCUUCAGUGCAACUUGAACAUGCGCAGUGGAUAAUUGAGGUUGUCCCAGGUGUGUGUGUGAGUGUGUCAGACAUCCCCUGUGGUUUACAAGAAUCAGGGUACUGGGGCAGCUGCUGGUUGUAGCGGUUGCAUGUGUGCUUGUGGUCUGUGGUGCAUUUUGUGUGUGUGUGUGUGUGUGUGUGUGUGUGUGUAGGGAGGGAGAGAGAGAGAGAGAGAGAGAGCGCUCCAGGCAGACAAUGCUCACACAUUUUUAGCUCAAGGAGAGGCUUCGUCUGUCUGACAUGACAUUGGCAGUGUGUGCAUUUUAGUUUCAGCUCCACAUUAUGCUGUAUAUGAGUGUGAGUGGGUAAAAAGUGUGAGACAAAAAUACCAAAGCUGUGAGUGUCAGGUUGUUUGUGUGAGCUCAGACGCCUGGCUGUGUGGGCGGACGUGUGGGUAUAGUAUAUCAACCAUAUGCUGCAUGUGUUCUUUAUAUUUAUGAUGGUCUGAAUCUUGGUAUCCAUCAGUGUCAGGGAGGAAAUAAAUGCUGUUUAUUUGCAAUCCUUCCACAGCUCAAGGAUGUCAGACAACCAUAUGCCCAACCCAAACCACUCUCACUCAUUGUCUCCCUCACAGACACUCUGACCUACUAUUGUUUCCUUUUUGUGCAGUGGCAGGAAAGUAUUUAAUUUACACCAGGGAUUGACUUUGUGUGUGCCCAAGUGUGUGUGAGUUUGUGUGCAUUUGGACAAUGUGAUCACAGCUAGCCUGCUGCCAGCUAAAUCAGUGGUCUCAGAGGAGAUGUUCUUGGGAGGAGGGAACAAGACAGGCUACCCUGCCUGCGUGAUGCCUCUAAGAGGAUCUCCUUAUACUCGCUUAGAUCUCCCAGUAGACUGGAGUGCGUUGUGUUCCUUGUCUGAUGUUGUUUAAAAUGAACACCAUACUCAACAACAGCUUGCCUGGUAACUGGGUUAAACUCAGCCACAGCAGUCAAGAGGGACCGGGUUUCCUUUUUACAUGUGUUAAAAAUCUGCCAACAAAGCUGUGUUUCUGCUCCAGUCUGCAUCAACGCAGAUGUAUUUUAAACAGAUUGCACGCUCUAACACAUUUGUAGCUUUAAUUACGUCGUUUUCAUGCAUCUUUAUACAUCACAAAGCGUGAUCUAAACUCCACGAUCAGGAAGAGUAAUUCUUGAAAACAUUAACCAUAAAACCUGACAAAGUCUGCCACAGCAACACAUUUUUAUCACACAAAGGAGAAAUCAGGUGAAUACCAUCACGCAGUUCUAAUAUUCAAAUGCAUUAUUGUCUAUCAGCAUAAAAAAACAAUCCGCUCAGUUCAACAGUCGUCCAGGGAUCCUAGUGUUAAAUCAAGCCAAUAGCAACAGUGAGACUUGGUGACCAGCAGAUAGAGGAUUAAUGAGUGAAUGAAAAGAAAUGUUUUGCUGUUGUUGAUAAAAUCUCAUUCUUUGAGUUGUUUUUUAACCAUGCAUUGCAUUGGAAUAAAAAUCCCCUUCAGUUAAUUAUACCAGCUGUUCAACAUGUUUCAGAGAGUUCAACUACUGGAAAAACCUCUUUGCAAACACACCCUGAGGGUGGAGCAGGUGCAGUAACUGCCAUGCAAAUAAAGUCAUCUGUUCAAACAGCGCAGCCAACAGCCGACACGGAGGAUACUGACCAAACACAAGUGACAAAGGAAAGUUCCUGUGCUGUCAUUAAAUAUUGUUUACUAUUUUUGACUGCAUCAAACAACAAUGUUAAAUCAGGGCCUUGAUCAGGAGUUAAGAAAGAGAAUUAAAUCACAUGACUAACCGUUAGGUUUAUGUUAACAAUUUAUAAAUGUACAAGAAAAAAGUCAAAAUAUAGUAUUGAGAAAAGAAGGUUUCAAG